AGUAUAUCCGGAAGUAACAUGAAGCUGUGAAGAGUUAGAGCGUGUGCGAUGGUGAUUUCACUUCUGUCAGAGAUAAUCGAGCUGCGCUGCGGUUUUAUGGAAGAUGGUGAAGAAACGGGAGCGCCUGCUUUCCCACACACAAGAGUGCAGUGAAGAUGACAACAUGGUCCCUGUGCUAAGCUCCAAAAAAGCAAGCGAAUUGGCCGUCAAUGAAGUGGCGUGCGCCCUUCAGGCCAACCUUCAGUAUGGACUGAGUGAGGAGGAAGUGGCUCGUCGCAGGAUCUACCAUGGCUGGAAUGAGUUUGACAUCAGCGAAGAAGAACCACUGUGGAGGAAGUACAUCUCCCAGUUUAAGGAUCCGCUCAUCCUGCUGUUGCUGGCGUCGGCCGUCAUCAGCGUUCUCAUGCACCAACUUGAUGAUGCUAUUAGCAUCACUGUGGCCAUCAUCAUUGUAGUGACUGUCGCCUUUGUCCAGGAGUAUCGCUCAGAGAAGUCUCUAGAAGAGCUUGGCAAGCUGGUGCCUCCAGAAUGUCACUGUGUCAGGGAAGGUCAGCUGCAGCACAUGUUGGCCAGAGAACUGGUUCCUGGAGACACCGUCUGUCUGUCGGUGGGAGAGAGGGUCCCGGCAGACCUCCGCCUCUUUGAGGCCUCUGACCUGUCUGUGGAUGAGUCCAGUCUGACGGGGGAGACUGCUCCCUGCUCGAAGUCCAUCUCCCACCAGCUGUCUGCCACUGACGGUGACAUUGCUUCCCGCAGCAACAUCGCCUUCAUGGGCACGCUGGUGCGCUGCGGCAGAGCCAAGGUAGCAACGCGAUGGUGCAUGUACGACUCUGGAAGCUUCUGGCACACACACACACACACACACUUUUAUAUUUCUUUUCUCCUUCCUGACUGUCAGGGAAUCGUCAUAGGAACAGGAGAGAACUCUGAGUUUGGGGAGGUGUUCAAGAUGAUGCAAGCAGAAGAAGCUCCGAAGACGCCGCUGCAGAAGAGCAUGGACCUGCUGGGGAAGCAGCUGUCGCUUUAUUCCUUCGGCAUCAUUGGGGUCAUCAUGCUGGUGGGCUGGCUGCAAGGAAAGAGGAUCAUGGACAUGUUUACAAUCGGUGUCAGCCUAGCGGUGGCGGCCAUUCCUGAGGGUUUACCCAUUGUGGUGACGGUGACACUGGCGCUUGGCGUGAUGCGCAUGGUGAAGAAAAGGGCCAUUGUCAAGAAGCUUCCCAUCGUGGAGACGCUGGGAUGCUGCAACGUCAUCUGUUCGGACAAAACCGGAACGCUGACCAAGAACGAGAUGACCGUCACGCAGAUUUUCACGUCUGAUGGACUCCAUGCUGAGGUGACGGGCGUGGGCUACAAUGGGGACGGAGAGGUUCUAGUAGAUGGAGAGAUAGUCCACGGCCUUUCCCGCCCAUCACUCAGCAAGAUCGUGGAGGUUGGCUGUGUGUGUAACGACUCUGUUAUCAGAAACGGCACUUUGCUGGGGCGGCCCACAGAGGGAGCGCUCAUCGCCCUCGCCAUGAAGAUGGGGCUGGAGAGCCUGCAGCAAGAGUACGUCCGCCAAGAGGAGCAUCCCUUCACCUCAGAGAAGAAGUGGAUGGCAGUGCGCUGCAUUCACCACACGCAGAAGGACAAGGCGGGGGUCUUCUUCAUGAAGGGCGCCUACGAGCAGGUGAUCCGCUUCUGCAGCUCCUACAGCAGCAGAGGAACCGCACUUCCGCUUAACCACCAGCAGAUGGAGCUGUACCAGCAGCAGAUCAGUUAUAUGGGCAGUGCAGGCCUCCGGGUCUUGGCCUUUGCUUCCGGUCACGAGAUGGGGAGUUUGAACUUUCUGGGGCUGGUUGGCAUUAUCGACCCUCCCAGGUCAGGGGUCAAAGAGGCUGUGGCCACGCUCAUCAGCUCCGGUGUCGCCAUCAAGAUGAUCACUGGUGACUCCCAGGAGACUGCGAUGUCCAUCGGCAGUCGACUGGGCCUCUCCUUCAAAGGAUGUCAGUGCCUGUCAGGAGAUGAAGUGGACCGCCUAGACCUGCAGCAGCUCUCGCAUGUUGUUCCUCGAAUCUCAGUGUUCUACAGAGCCAGUCCCAGACACAAGCUGAAGAUUGUCAAGUCUCUCCAGAACAUUGGCGCCGUGGUGGCCAUGACGGGCGAUGGAGUCAAUGACGCUGUAGCUCUGAAAGCGGCCGACAUCGGUGUGGCCAUGGGCCAGACGGGCACAGAUGUUUGCAAGGAGGCAGCUGACAUGAUCCUGGUCGACGACGACUUCCAGACCAUCUUGUCGGCCAUCGAGGAGGGAAAAGGCAUUUACAACAAUAUCAAGAACUUUGUGCGAUUCCAGCUGAGCACGAGCAUUGCUGCGCUGACGCUCAUCUCCUUGGCGACAUUGAUGAAUUUUCCCAACCCACUGAACGCUAUGCAGAUCCUGUGGAUCAACAUCAUCAUGGACGGACCGCCCGCUCAGAGUUUGGGCGUAGAACCUGUGGACCGUGAUGUCAUCCGGAAGCCUCCUCGGAAUGUGAAAGACAGCAUCAUCACGCGCAGUCUCAUCGUCAAAGUUCUGGUGUCGGCCUUCAUCAUUGUCUGCGGGACGCUCUUUGUCUUCUGGAGAGAGUUGCAGGACAAUGUGAUCACUCCUCGAGACACCACCAUGACCUUCACCUGCUUUGUCUUCUUUGACAUGUUCAACGCACUCAGCUCUCGCUCACAGACACGUAUGGUCCACGAGAUGGGUCUAUGCAGCAACAGAACCUUCUGCUUCGCCGUGCUGGCAUCCAUAAUGGGUCAGCUGCUUGUCAUCUACUUCCCGCCUCUGCAGAGCAUCUUUCAGACAGAGAGCCUCAGCUUCUUCGACCUACUCUUCCUGGUGGCGCUCACGUCAUCUGUGUGUGUGGUAUCGGAGGCCAUUAAGAAGGUGGAGAGGUGGCGAAGAGGAGAGAGAAGGCCGCCCGCUGACUGCUUCCACGAGGUAUGACGUCCUGGCUCCUCCCCUCCGGAGGAGCAAGACCAGGAUGAAGGUGACGGAGUCUGAGGGCUUGCAGGACCUCCCGCGUUAGUCAGGAGGAAAGACAAUUUGGCUACUCUCACCCAUCACACCAUCACCCACAUUCCUGGUCUUUCCCGCCCCUUGAUGAUUCCACUGAACACUACUGAGCCUGCUUCCAGGAGGUCAAAGGUUGUGAUACACUAGAAGGGAACAAACAUGGAAAGCUUCUUACAACACACACACACACACACACACACCCCCACACCCCUGCUUCGGUUGACUCUGAUGGCGUUCUUUCAAGUACGACGUCUACAAAAGGCACAACAGGCUAGCAAGCUUGCGGUCACACACAAGCCAGGUGGUCAGCCCAGCCCAGCCCAGCCCAGCGGUGCAAAGUCGGUGUCUUCAGGGUCCAAACGCACGCCUGCUGUAGUCGUCCUGUGCCUUAGAGGAGUCGUCGUCAUCGCCUCGCUCUUUUCCAAAGGUUUUGAAAUACUGUACUUGUUUUUUUAGGUUUGAAUUUCAUUUCUAACAAUAGAAUAAGCCAAAUGAAUAAUGAUUACAUAGCUACGUUAUUACUUCUAAAUGUCAAUAUGAUGUGAAGAAAUCAAAGCCAGUUUUAUUCAAAUGAUGAUGACUUUUAUGACUCCCAUAGCAACGGUCUGAAGGCCAAAAACAAUUUAUGUUUGAAGAACUCAUGUUGAGGGUCGCAUGACCUGUCUCACCAGGUGUCGUUUCUUCUGAUCUUGUAACCUGACAGGUCUCUUUUCCUUUGAUCAUGGGACCUGUCUCUUGGUUUUGUUCUUUGCUCUCGAGACUCAACUUCCUGAUCAUUCCAUCAGCUUUGUGUCUGCUGCAGGUCCUCACAAAGCACAUCAGUCGCCAAUCAACUAAACGUUCUAGAAUAUUCUAGUAAAACAUGACUACUUUUAUAGUUGUUGCUUAUACAGUUGCUUGUCCAACCGUUUACCCAAAAGAAGCUGAAAUAAUAUGAAUAUAUAUUUUUAGUAAGUGGACAUUCAAGGUUGUAGUGAGACUGGUGCAUUGUGAAGAACAAACAAAAUGUUAUUCAAUUUUGGACGUGUGCUCACUGGCUGUACUUUUAUUUAUUUUGUGUGUCAAAUGUUAAAUAAAACAAAUCUU